AACCCUUGCGAAUUAUUUUGUAAAUGUUUCUAAAGAGGGCGCAGAAGCUCUUCUGCUGUAAAAUGGCGUUGCUGAGACCGGUUGUGGCGAAGAUAAUUUCCAAGGCGCAGCAGGUAGCAGUUCCAGUUAGAAAUAUUCACGUCACUGGUUCGUGUUCAGCAUUACAACCAGCAGAAGAAGCUGAACCAAGGACAAAAUGUACACUCAUACCAGGAGACGGUGUUGGUCCAGAACUAAUGUAUUCUGUUCAAGAAGUCUUCAAGGCGGCUGAUGUUCCGAUAGAUUUUGAAACCUUCUUUUUCUCUGAAGUGCACCAUAUGAUGAGUGCACCACUAGAAGUUGUUUCAAAAUCCAUUGAAAAGAAUGGCAUAUGCCUUAAGGGGAUCUUAGCAACACCAGACUACAGCCGCACUGGUGAACUGCAGACUCUGAAUAUGAAACUGAGGCGUUCUUUAGAUCUGUAUGCUAAUGUUGUCCAUGUAAAGUCACUGCCGGGAGUGAAGUGUCGACAUGAUGGGAUUGAUGCUGUCAUUAUCAGAGAGCAAACAGAAGGAGAAUAUUCUGCCUUGGAACAUGAAAGUGUGAAAGGUGUCGUUGAAUGCUUGAAGAUCAUUACAAGAGAAAAAUCAAUGCGCAUUGCCAAGUUUGCUUUUGAUUAUGCAACAAAAAAUAAGCGAAAGAAAGUAACUGCAGUCCAUAAGGCCAAUAUUAUGAAACUUGGUGAUGGCCUGUUCCUUGAGAGCUGUAAAAAGAUGGCAAAACUGUAUCCAAAGAUUGAAUUUGAGACAAUGAUAGUUGAUAACUGCACAAUGCAAAUGGUGUCCAACCCAAAACAGUUUGAUGUGAUGGUUACUCCAAACUUGUAUGGUAGUAUUGUGGACAACUUGGCCUCUGGCUUAGUGGGUGGUGCAGGUGUUGUUGCUGGUGCAAGUUACAGUGCCAAUUGUGUUGUCUUUGAGCCUGGUGCAAGGCACACUUUUUCUGAAGCAGUGGGCAAAAAUGUUGCAAAUCCCACAGCAAUGUUGUUAUGUGCGGCGAAGAUGUUGAGUCAUGUUAAUCUUCAUACUUACAGUGAAAUGAUACGUAAUGCAGUUAACCGUGUACUCCAAGAUGGCAAGGUAAAAACAAAGGAUAUUGGUGGCCAGUCAACAACAAAUGAAUUCACUUAUGCUGUGAUUUCAAACUUAGGCUGAAUAGUGCUGUGACUUGUGUGUGUAUAUAAUUAUUUAUUUGAAGUUGUACCUGCCACCUGCAUGUAAAUUAGGGGUCAAAGUUGUCUGUCCCCAUGCUUUUGUAAAUGUUAGUUUGUGAUUAAAAACUGAAAAUGUAAACUACAGUGGAA